AUGGUGGUCGGUCUAAGGCUGCAAGAUGGCAAGCCAUGGCCAUGUGGCUUGUGCAAAAGUCCUCUGCCAAGAAACGUCUACGGUCCCCGAAAGAACGCUACUCAUCGCGAUCGAGCCAUGUACAGCAUAUCAUGUGCUGGCAGUAGUAUUCACAGUUUCCAAGAUGAUGGAAUGAUGGGCGGUUGCCUCUUCCACCUCUGCCAUCAGAUGGACGCAGCCCUGGGGGCUCCCCGAGGCCCACAGCACCCAGCCAUAGUCAUGGAUGGCAGCCUUCGGUUGCACAUGUUUAUCUUCGCCGUAAUACGGGGUUUGUGGGUCGCUUGCCACUGGCGUUGCUCAGUUGCUCAAAACUCUCGUAAUAGUAUCACUGCGCUGAGCGUUGCGAUGGAGAUGAAAAGCAAUCUGUUAGUCAAGAUAUUGGGGAAUAUCUGGGGAGAACACCAGUUUCCUGGACUUUGA